UAGAAAAGGAUAGGCAUAGAGAUUCACAAUGAGUGUAAGGAUAUAAACAAUAAACAACUGCUACUUUACAAUACAAAUGUACUGUAAAAAUACAAAAAUGUAAAUAACUUUCGGUGGCAAUUGAAUUGUGUUCUUGUUACGGAUUUUAAAUAAGAAAACAAUGUCUUCUCUUUUAUUGCUCAAAUCUAUGUUGUAUGCUAAUGCACUUCAAAAAAGUAAAAAGAAGAAAAACAGGAUGAAAAAAGCAUAUAAACCGCCCAAAAGAGAAAAAAUAAACUUAAUAAAUAUGUGCAGGAUAUGCAACAAUGAAAAGGGAGAUAUUCCAAUAUUUAACAAUUUUAAUCAACCCAAUAUUCCUGAAGAAAUACAGAACUUUUCUGGUAUUCUUUUAAAUAAUGCUGAUAAUUUAUCAAAACAUAUGUGUCAAAGCUGUCUGGACUUGUUGAAUGGAUGUAUAAUGUUCCGAGAAAUGUGCCAGAGAAAUAACAAACACUUGAUUGAAAUUACUAUAAAACAAGAAUUCAAUCAAGACAAUGCAAAUUUAGAAGAGGAUAAUGAUCCAAAUGCUGAUAGUGAAGACUCAUACAAUGUCCCAUCACCAACAUUCUCCACAGAUAACUCAGAACUUCUAUCUCUGUGGAGGUGCAGCAAGUGUGGAGAAGAGUUUUAUGUUAUGUCUGACUACACCAAUCACAUAAGCAAGUGUAAUGCUCAACCCUCACAAGAACCAAAGCCACCAGAGGAAGUAACUAAGAAGAAAUUCCUGUGUGACAUCUGCGGGAAGACUGCACUCUCUAAUGCAAGCCUAUUAAUACAUAAAGCCACCCAUGAAAAUGUGUUUCCCUACAAAUGCGACGUUUGUCCGUAUCAAGGUAGAACAAUGGACCUGCUGAAGGUGCACAAGAGAUCUCAUUUAGCUGAUAAACCGUUCAAAUGCACGCAAUGUCCAAAAGCGACAACUACAUCCAGUAACCUGGCUAAACAUAUGCGACAUGUGCAUAGCACUACAAGACCAUACAAGUGUUCAUACUGCGAAAAGGCAUUCUCCUACCAACACGAUAUGAAAAGGCAUGUUAAAGAUAUACAUUUAAGGCAAGGCACUGUUGAAUGUGAUAUCUGUUGUAAAAAGUUUAAUACAAAAAAAAUUUUACAAGGACACAGAUGGAAAAUUCACAAAAUUAAAGGCGAAAGACAAGGUCGUCUGCCGUCGUACUUGCAGUGUCAAAUGGGAAAACCAAAUGAUGAAAACGAGAGUGACAAGGAUAACUGUGAUCCAAAUUGUUAACAUUUACUAAGUUAUGAUAAAAUUAAGUACAAUUAGGUACCUAAUUUCAAGAGUUAUUGCUUUGGUCUAGAAUUCUAUAUAGAUUUAGACAAUAUAUACUCCUUGUUCCUAUCAUUGUUUUUGUAAUAUAGACAAUGGACUCUCUUUUUUAUCAAAGUGUAAUGCGAAAUGUUCUUUUUUCAAAGCCCCCAAUACAAAUUAUAAAUUCGGGUAAUUUGGUGCUAUGUUUUAUUUAGGCUCCUAUCCUUAUCGUUUUAAUUAUUCUAAUUCUUGUUAUCUCAAUCUGUUUAAGAGCAGGACUAGUUGCAAUCAGCGAUUGCUCAAUUUGUAGAUAUUAAGAAUUAGAUAGAAUAACAGAUUUUGUAGCAACAUUGCUGAACUAUGUAAUCAAUCAACAAGAGUAUUAACUAGCUUGAAAUUAUGAAAAGUAUUAUUAUUUAAAGUAGAAUUACUUAAUUAUAUUUAUUGUCUU